AGCCGACUGUGAAACCUUUCUACAAUGUCCAUGUAACGUUCCCAGGAUGUUUCUGGGAAGGUUUCACGGUUUUCCAGGAGUGCCUUUUAUGUCGCACAGCAUUGGAUUGUCACUUUUACGGAAGCUCGGGUAGCUGACUCUGUGAAGUCUCGCGUUUAACCCCUAGCCUCAAACCUUCCAAUCCCUCACAAGUGCUGAGCUGCGUUAAUGCCAAAGGUCUUAUGAAGAUUAUGUAUACCUCAUAUUUCUAUAGCCCAUAUAUUUUUCUACAGAUGUCUUUUAUUUCCAUGCCUUUAAACGCCAAUGUAAUAUAGUCAGUGUAAACUAUUUUGCACAUAUUGUUUAUAUAAAUAUAUAUGAGAAAGCUGUAUUGUUUCAGGUUACUGAUGAAUAUUUCUACUUUGUCCUGGAAUGCUGGCAUGCCUAUCUUCAUUUCCUCACAUUUAUAUUUACACAUUAAGGAACAUUAACUUUGCUGGUCUCUAGAGUGAUUGCAAUGAGAUUAUAGUGAGUUAAACAUGGCAUAAAUUAUUAUAUCCCAUCUAGUAGCUAUUUUAGAAUAUGAAGGUUAUUUCUAAAUGUGGUGGAAUCCCUUAUAGCCUGAUGCCGUGAUGUGGCUGAUGUUUGUUCGAUGCCACAUAGCCAGUGGUCUUCCAGUGCACCUAUAUCAACAAUGUAGGUGUCAAUUUGACCGUUUUAUUUUUUAAUAGUUUUUAAAUUUGUUUUAAACUGCCAUUAAAACAAAUCGAUCUAAACGCACAAUUCAAAUAUUCUCAAAUUAGGAACCAGUACGAAAUUAUAUAUAUAUAUAUAUAUAUAUAUAUAUAUAUAUAUAUAUAUAUAUAUAUAUAUAUAUAUAUAUGAUAAUGUAUGAGGAUAAUGUAUGCGGAUUGCUUUUGUCAUGGUGGAGCCAGUAUUUAUACUCCAAACAGUAUUUUUUUUUUUGUUAUAUAUUGUUUUAUUUUAUUUUAGGAAGAGUUUGUCUGUAUUUAGGAGAAAACCGAAAGGUAUUUAACUUUUCUGAAGUGCUGAAGAGUUCAUCAAACCAGAAGGUUUUUUUUUUGUUUGUUUUUUUUAAUUGGCUCACAUCCUGAAAGUUACGUAAUUUGCUAUUUGUGAAAUUAUUAUGUAUUUAAUAUGUAUUCAAUGUUGUUUAAUAAAUAAAUCAAACCCAGUUUGGAACCUAGUUUCUUUUGUACUCUCAGGUCGUUGAUUUGUUUUGUUUUUGUAAUAAAAUGAAAUUAUUAUUCACCUAGGUUUAUCAGAAUGUAUAGAGAUUUACUUAUCAGGAAAGGUGACGUGGAAAUAUGCCUACUGUUUGUUUAUUUAUUUAUUUAUUUAUUUAUUUAUUUUAUUAUUAUUUUUUUUAUAUAAAAUAAAUGAUCGUUUAUUAACUUAUUAUUCAUGUACGCCAUUUCAACACCGUUUUAAAUAAGUAUUUCAGAAUAUAAUAGCAUAUUACUGACUGAAUUAUUAUAUGGAAAUGGGAAUUUUUUUUUUUUAAAUGUUUGAAUUAGGCUGUUAUGAGAAAACAUUCCCUGAAGCUUAUGAAUGAAAUAGUUUUAAACAUUCAUUUCACUAAAACAUUGAAUUUCAUUCUCUUUUUCUUCUUACUUGUCCAUAUUUAUUAGCAAUAAUAAUAAUAAAAAUAAUAAUAGCCUUAUAAGAAUAAUAAAUUUUCUGCGCCAUGCUUGACGGACUUAUUUAUUUCUUUUAUUUUACUUAUUGUUAUUUAUUUUUUAAGUAAAAGACACUUAAGUUGAUUAGCUAAUCGGCGCGUUUUCUCUUUUUUGAGGCGCAAUAAUAAAAGGUGCUUCACUCUCACUGCGUACUUUGACAAGUGGGUUUAACCCCCUGCCGUCCAAUCAGCGCGCAGAAUCCGACCGUCUUAUGCAUAUUCAUAUACAUUUUGUCCAAUCAGGAAGCGGCAGCGCGCGGCAGAGGGGGGAAAAAAGAAAAAGUUCAAAGCGCUGUGAGGCACCGUAGCGUGUGUAUAUCUCUGCACGCGCCUGCCAGAGGACACAGGAUCUGGCAGUAGUUGGAUUGAAUGGAUGAUUGUGACAUAAAAAAAAAAAACCCGCCAGAAGAAGAAGCAAUCUCCCAGAGAUAAAGGAUUAGUGAUGUGAUAUCUGAUGGAGUUGAUGUGACGGCUAGGAGUUGCUCCAUGGAGCUGCAGGCGUCCUGUUAAAUGAGGCGGUCAUGGAGAAGACCAGCAGCUGGGGAUUACAUUUAUUCGAGCUUUUCUUUCUCGUGCUGCUCUCGGGUUACCCGUUAUGCUGUCAGGGAAGCUGGAUGUGGCUGGGCAUCACGUCUGUGGGAGUAGUGGAGAAGAUGGGCUGUGCUAAUCUGCCUCUGUCCAGCAAGCAGAAGGACGUGUGUAAGAGGAAACCCUACCUGCUGCCCAGCAUUAAAGAUGGAGCACAUCUGGGCAUCUCAGAGUGCCAGUCCCAGUUCAGACAUGAGCGCUGGAACUGCAGCACCAGCAAACAGCCUUCUGUGUUCGGCUACGAGCUCACCAGUGGAACCAAAGAGACAGCUUUCAUCUAUGCUAUCAUGGCGGCAGGGCUGGUCCAUUCAGUCACCCGGUCCUGCAGUACGGGGAACAUGACCGAGUGCUCGUGUGACACCACGCUAACAGGCAGCGGCUCGCAAACCGAGGGAUGGCACUGGGGCGGCUGCUCGGAUGACAUCGCCUAUGGGACGUGGUUCAGUCGCCGUUUUAUUGACCAUGCAACAAAGAACGCUUCUGUACACGCAGACGAGGCCCUGCUCGUUAUGAACCAGCAUAACAGCGAGGCAGGGAGACAGGCUGUAGCCAAGACAUUGUGGAAGGACUGCCGCUGUCAUGGCGUCUCAGGCUCCUGUGCUGUAAAGACAUGUUGGAAGACCAUGGCAUCCUUUGAGCGUGUAGGGAACUACCUAAAGGAGCGUUAUGAGAAUAGCGUACAGGUGCUAGACCGCACCAAGCGCAAGUUCCGUCGCAAAGAAAAGGAACAGCGGCACAUGCCCAUUGGCCGGGAGGAGCUCAUCUUCCUCAACAAGUCACCCAAUUAUUGCGUGGAGGACCGGCGGUUGGGCGUGGCCGGGACUCGGGGGCGCCGCUGUAACCGCACAUCUGCCGGGCCGGACGGCUGCAACUUGCUGUGCUGUGGCCGUGGAUACAACACACAUGUGGUGCGUCAUGUGGAACGCUGCGAGUGCAAGUUCAUCUGGUGCUGCUACGUGCGCUGCCGACGCUGCGAGACCAUGAAUGACAUUCACACGUGCAAAUAGAGGGACGAGCCAAGGACAGGGAGAUAUGAGGAGACAUAGAAAGAGAGAUGACAUGGGUUUCACUUCCUUCCCUGUACCUCUUUUCAUUUCAUGUCUCAGAAGCUUUGUUCAGUGACACCUUCACUUGCUUGAGUAGCUGGAUGGAUUCUCAGGAAGCUCAUGAAGUAUUAAAUGAGUACUGAGUGUUACUAUGAGAACUGAUGACUGAAGCAGCUUUAUGACAAAGGGAUAAUCUCAUCCUCUUCUAAUGAACGGUUUUCCUUAUAAGACUUGGCCACAAAUACAAAAAAAGAUCAUGGACAACAUAGCCAAGCCAACCAAGAAUCCAAAGAAAAACUCUGGCAUCCCAUGUGGAUUGGAUUCUAAAGUGGGAUCAAGUCUGACCAGAUUAUGGUCAAUUAUGCUUGUUAAUAUUCACCUAGAUAUUAAUUCAUCCUUGAGUUAUACUCUUCAGCUUAAAUUCUUCAACUUCUCCUUAAAGAACACUCUUAAAGGUUUUAUGUAAAACACUGCAACAGAGUGCUUAACUAUCAGAGAAGCUAAAGAAUGUGUGUUUUUCAAAGAAAGGUACUUUGAAAAAUACAGCAACAUCAUGCUUAUGAUAACUUAUGUGUUUUGAGUAGUUUGCAAUGCUUAUAUGAUGUAAAUAGUCUGCUACAUGAUACUGCUUUUCCAAAGACAUACACUAUUAGUACUUCUUUGGUAACCCUUAAAGGUUCUAUGGAGAGGGUUUCCCUUUCAUAAAAGGUUCAGAGUAGAAUCCCUUUAGAAAAGUAGAUCUAUUAAUAAUCCAAAGAACUAUUUAAGAACCUGAAGUCCUUCUGGGAAACGCUUUAAAAGUUCUGUGUAAGCCCUCUAACAGUGGGUUUCCCUAGUAGAUCCGUCUUUAGAAAGCUAGAUCCAUUAAACAUCCAAACAACCACUUCAGAACCAUUUUUCAAGGCAAGUUCAAUCUUCAGAAACAAACAAAAAAAGAUUCACAUUCAUCAUUUUACAGGGUUCUGGCUUGUCUUUCUUGGAAAACCCCUAAGCAUUCUGUGUAGAACUGUUUAACAGGGGAGAUAUAACCAUGAAUCAUCCAGACUUAUAGGGUUCUUCAGUCUUGUUCUUCUGGGUGACAAGAAGAGCCAUUAAGUUUCUAAACAAUCAUCACUGGUACAAUCUUAGGAGUUAAAUCUAACCUGAAGGAUUCUUUGGUCUUGUGUUUAUGGGGAAACUCUUGAAGGUUAUGUAUAGAAACCUCUAACACUGGAUUUCCUUUUCAUCAAUGGUUCUAAGCAGAACUGCUUUAGGAAGCUAGAACCAUUUUCCAUCCAAACAACCACUGCAGAACCAUGUUUUCUUUCUAGGCAUGUACAAUCUGAGGAAAAAAUAUGCUCAAUAUGUUACCAAAUAAGAUUCUACAGUCUUGUGCUUCUGGGGAAAGCCUUAAAAGUUCUAUCUAAAACCAUCUAACGGGGGGUCUCGCUUUCACAAAAGUUUCCAAGUAGAAGUGCCUUAGAGUGAUAGAACCAUUAACCAUCCAAACAGCCACCACAGAACCAUUGUUUUUUUCUAACCUAGUACAAUUAUAGAAAAAAAAGAGGUAAAUCUAUCACUGCAUAGGGUUCUUUGGUCUUGUCCUUCUGGGCGAAACCUUCAAGGUUCUAUAUCUAAAAACCUCUAAUGGUGGGUCUCGCUUUCAAAAAAGUUCCAAGUAGAUGUGCCGUAGAGAGAUAGAAUUAACAAUUAACCAUCCAAACAAUCAGAGCAGAACAAUGUUAUGAAAAAAGUAUUAAUUGUACCACCACGUUAGUUUUUCAGUCUUGUAUUUCUGAGAGAACGUUUUUUUAAACUGGUUCCCUUUCAGAAAAAGUUCCAAGUCAA